AGUUCCACUUCGCCAGAGUUGCCUCUAACAAGUACCAUGCAGCAAGGAUUACCUUUCGAAAAAGUCCCUGAGAUUUCCUUCAUGGACUUCAUAUUUGGUGGUUUCGAGGAAACAUCUAGCUACAAGGACCGACCGUGGAUUGUUGAUAUCCCAUCCGGAAGAUCAGUCACGUUUGGCCAAGUAAAGGAAGACGCUGUUAAAAUCGCGAGCGGUCUAGUCAGACUGGGCUUUCGGCCAGGAGAUGUUCUUUAUUUUGUAACUUACGAAGCUGCACGUUUGUUCCUGGUCAAGAUUGGAGUUUGGAUGCUGGGUGGAGCUGUUCGAGGCUGCAGCCAAAAUGAGCUUUCAGAUGACUAUGCAAGGCAAAUCAAAGAGAGCGCCGUUAAUUUUGUACUAGUUGACUCAGAAACCAUCCAAGUCAUCCAACCUGCUCUGGAUAUCUUGAAGUAUGAUGGCUGUAUCAUUAGUUUGGGUGAUGAGCCUAUUCCAGGGACAACUAAUAUUUCUAAACUGUUAGCAGAUGAUGGCUCUGCAUUGAAACAGCCAACUAAAAUUAAUCCUAAGGAGGAUCCUCUGGUGAUUUUAAACACAAGCGGUUCAACUGGAAAUCCAAAGGGAGUAGUUCAUACACACUACUCUAUUGUUGAGAAUAUGAAAUCGUUGAGAAAUGUUCCACUUGAGGAUUCACUACUUGAAUUUAUGAUCAACUACGGAUUGGGUAUAUUUAUUCUCGCAAUGCAUUAUCUGAAUACUGGCCGCACCAUCUACCAUAUCAACAAAUUUGAAAGGGGAACUUACUUUGAAUAUUUAACAACAUACCAGCCUCGAUCCAUUCUGUUCUAUCCUCAUGUUGCUAAUUGGUUUGCAAGAUGCGAUGACCAGCUUGAAACUCUGCGUGAUGCAAACAUCAUAAAACUGAUGUUAGUAGGAGGUUGGGUGCUGGAUCCAACCACAGCAGAUUUGCUCUGCGAAAAGCUAUCCAACACUCAUUUGAUGCAGAUUUAUGGCAUGACCGAGAUUGGGUUUAGCACAAGCACGAAAAAAGGGCAAAUAAAGCCAUUAAAGCUGGAUAGAUGCACGAGCGAGGGACAGGUGGUUACUUCUUCUGGAAUGUUUCUACCCUCAUACGAAGGAAAAAUACUCGGUGUGGAUGACAAGAAGAGAGUUGGUCCACACGAACUUGGGGAGCUAUACGUGAGAUCGCCCUGUAUUGCGAAAGGUUACUUGAUGCCAGGCAAUAAGGUGCAAAAAUUAACUGACGAAGAAGGUUGGUUCCAAACUGGCGACCUCGGGAUCCAGGAUGAAAAGGGCAACAUAUUUAUAAAAGAGAGGGCAAGGUUCAUGUACAAGUAUCGUAUGGAUUUCGUGUUGCCCUCAGAAAUCGAGGCUGUGCUUCUAGAGCACCCUGAUGUCCAAGAAGCUGGGGUAGUUGGAAUGCCUCAUCCUACCACUAAUAAUACCUCAAGGGCUUUUGUAGUUAUUAAAAAAGGCGGAAAACGCAACGAGGAAGAGUUAUGCAAAUUUAUUUCGGACCGUUUGCAUUAUAGCAAGCAUCUUCACAGCGGGGUGCGAUUCGUUGAAAAACUGCCCGUGAAUAAAGGCGGCAAGUUGGACAGGAAAGCGCUUCAACAAUUUGCAUUUGACAACAAUUCUGAGAGGAAAACCACUAAAACUAUGGCUGGAAAAGGAUGGAAGUAUGAAGACGUACCAGAUGUGUCGUUUACGGAUUUUAUAUUCAAUGACCACGAUAAAAGAAUUGAGUCUUACAAAGACCGUCCAUGGAUCGUGGAUAUUCCGUCGAACAAAACCGUGACCUUUGGACAGGUUAAACGAGACGCGACAAACAUAGCAAUCGCUCUAGCCGAGCUAGGUUUCAAAAAGGGUGACUCGCUUUUCUUCGUUACCCACGGAUUUGCUAAUCUCAUUUUGGUCGAAAUCGGCGUUUGGAUGCUGGGUGGAGUAACCAGGGGUUGCGACCAGCAAGAAACAAUCGAGGUGUAUGCACAACAGAUAAAAGAGAUGGAAGCCAGAUUCAUUGUGAUCGACGAGGACACGAUGGACAUCGUCCAAAAAACAAUAGAGGCGUUCGAAUUAGAAGUAAAUUUAAUCAGUAUUGGGGACCAAGAUCUACCGGGAACUGUGCACAUUUCCAAGUUGCUUGACAAUCGGAAAGACUCUCAGUUGAAACCAGUCAAAAUAAACCCAGCAGAAGAUCCGAUGAUCAUUUUUAACACGAGCGGCUCCACUGGCUUCCCAAAAGGCGUGUUGCACUCUCACCGCUCGAGCACCGCUUUUGUACUAACAUUGAAAGGCUUAAAAAUGGAAGAAACAUUGCUACAGUUUUCCAUAAAUUAUGGAGUUGGAAUCUUUGGCAUAGCCUUUGAUUUUUGGAGAUCGGGGCACACAGUUUAUCACAUUAACAAAUUUGAGAAAGACUCGUCAUACUUCCAGCAUAUAAUGAAACACAAGCCGCGCAGCCUUUUGAUGUACCCUUUCAUUGCGAACUGGUUCGCUAGAUGUGAGAAAGAAGUUGCAAGAUUGCGCUCUGAAAACUUUCUAAAACUGAUUAUGAUAGGCGCAUGGGUCCUAGACCCAACUACUGCAGAUCUUUUAUUUGAUCUUCUUCCAAACACACACCUAGAACAUAUUUAUGGAAUGUCAGAAGCUGGAUUUGUUGCAGCAAGUUUCCCGCCUGGAAAACCUCAAGAGUUGAUGAGAUUCGUGAAAGAUAGUCAUGUUUACAUUUCAACUGGUCUGCCUUUGCCAAGAGUGGAGAUUAAGGUUAUUGACAUGUCCACUUCUGAAACAUUGCAAAGGGACCUGGAAGAGGGUGAAGUUUGCGUCAGAUCACCCGCUAUCGCAAAAGGCUAUAUUGUGGGUCCUGGAUACCAAGUUGAUUCAUUCGCACUUGAUGAUUAUGGCUGGUUCAAAACAGGAGAUGUCGGUUUCCUGGACGCAAAAGGUCGCUUGUACAUAAAGGACAGAGUCAAGUUCAUAUACAGAGUUGAAGUUUCGUUUGUAUCAGCGAUUGAAAUAGAGUCGGUGUUGCUGCAACACCCUGAUGUGCAAGAAGCAGGUGUUGUGGCUAUACCUGAACCUGUAGUGGUCAACAUUUCGAGGGCGUUUGUUGUUCUUAAGCCUGGCCGCACUUGUUCAGAAGCGGAUCUAUGCAACUUUGUGGCAGACCGCAUGCCCGAUUGUAAACGGCUACAUGGUGGUGUCCGGUUCAUCGAGAAACUCCCUGCAAAUAAAGGUGGAAAGCUGGACCGAAAAUCCCUCAAAGAAUUCGCUUUGGCUGACAAUGAGUAAUAGCAUUGAUUGUUCGAUCACAAAAUGUACAUAAUAAAUUUGGAAUAUUGGUUGUUAUA